AUGGCCCUGUGGCCGUUUCGCACCAGGGGCCACGACAAACGCUCUAGCGGCACUGGCGCGGCCCUCUCCGCUGCCGAAAGCGCUGGACCAUGCAAUGCCGCCAGGUCGGCUGCCUCCAGGCCCAGCCGCGAUGCUGCGCCGAGAUAUAGCUUCUCGCCCGAUCGCCCAGAUGCAAUCCACGUCGGCCGGGCCAAUCGGGCGGACCGCAACGACCCUUUGACCGAGGGGAGCGCCAAUGCGCCAAUCCACUCCUUGGAGAACCGAGUCCCAACUCUGCACCACAAACGAAGCGGCAACCAGCCCUCGAGGAGGAAGAGCAGCAAACGGAAGCGGCAGGAUCCCACCAGAGAGGCUGAGAUCAGGGCCAUGACCGUCUUCACGCCAGCACGAGCAACUACCGACACCUUGGCCACUGCUCGCAGCGCUAAGCAUGAGAACAAGCGAGCAAAGACUCUGGGCGCCAGAGCACCGUGGGACAGUCCUACUUCGGACGCAUCGUUGCCCAUGCCCAUCUCAAUCACCUCCCGCCUCUCGUCCGAUUCCAACUACUCGUCAUAUCGAGUAACCGCCCUCGAUGCCCUCGCGCCGAGACCGACCCUGAAAUAUCAGGGCAACGCACGAUUGCUUCCGUCGCACGCUUCUGUGCCUACACGAUCCGAGUCUCAGAAGAAGAGGCUCGAUGCCUUUGACGAGGAGACAAUCAGAGCGCAUAAACGCAUCGAUGACCUGGCUGAUGACUUCAACGCCGGCGAGUUGCGCGAGCUCAUGGAAAGAGAUACAAGACGACGGGAGAGGAACCGACAGCGCGAGCGAGAAAAGGCCGAGAGGAGGCUAGCACGCAAGGCUGAGAAGCAGAAGAGGGAGGAAGAAAAUGCCAGGCAAACAGGAACGCCGCCGCCCGAGAAUCUCGACCGCGGCGUCAUGGGACGAGAGGUCGGUCUAGGCAUAGAUCCCCCGUCUACUGUAGUGACAUCCUCCAAGCAGCGCGUUUCUCCAGAACCAAUGUCUGACGUAGAGGAAUAUUCACAGAAAUCUGAUAAGGGCAAGCUGAGGGAAUCCCCGGAACCUUUGCAGACGUUUCACAGAAUCGAUACAGCACCGCGCGAAGCAGAGUCGCCCACCGCUGCCGGAAAACAACCCCAGGCUCCUCGCAAGUCAGAAGAGCGUGUUCCAGCCGUUCCGCCCGCUGUUAGGCUUGAGGGCAACUUUCUACCAAAGACGUCGACAUCUGGCUCGACCUUUGAUUCUGACAAGGAAAAGACAUCUUCUGCCAUGGAAGAUGAGAGCACAACGCGCAAGGAUUCCGAGUCCAGUAACAAAUCUAACCGCCUCUCUUUCUCCACCUUGCUUAGAUGGGGGAAGAGUCGCCGAAGCCCUGCCGGCCCAUCCUCAUUCGCAAACACUUCACGCGAAGAAAUGUCCGCAGCACAGGCUCAAGCUAGAAGCACCGCCGAGUCGCCUGUUCCAUCAUUUACAGGCAACUACCUAUCCUCCAAACCGGGUUCAGGCCCACCGAAGCGAAUGCGAUCUCGCUUCCGAGAAGACCUACCAGAACUCCCACUAUCACCCCCCGAAUCCCGCGUUCAGUCGCCCGAAGCAGAGGCAUCACUGCCCAGCGUGGCAGAGUAUCGAUCUGCCAGCACAGAGCCCAACACCAAUCCUCCAACUCUGCGAGACGAUACACCAACUUCAGGCCAUCGUUCAAUAGACAUUCCUCAAAAUCCUGCGUCGCGAGACAAGAUGUACGGUAGCCAUUCGGCCGAACCUCAACUUUCAAUGUCUUUGGCAUCUGUCGACUCUGAAGGAUCCUGGCUUUCUGGAAGAGUUAACAGCCAGCGGAGCAAGCGGUUGUCAUCCAUACGUGAUAGGACCCGAUCUCGACAGCAAGAUCACGAACGCAGGGCGGAGUCUCCCACCAAUAGCGCCCACGAGGAUCUUGAAAUCACCGAAGAUGACUAUAUGUCACGCCUCAGCCCUGACCCCACUACUCUGCAUUUCAACACUCGCCUUUCGGGUGAGGGUCGUCCAAGCAGUGAUGAGGACGAGCUGAUGCAUGAAGGAGAAGUCAGGUGGGGUGCUGUUGGUGCCCAAGCGCAGUUUGUCCCACACAACCACAACCGCGAUACGAUCCGCAGCCGCGAAGGCCUGCUCAAUAUCGACUCGGGAGACGAGGAAGACCUAGAGUCUCCCAUCUCUCCCAUCUCUCAGAUUGCUCCAAGCAUUGAAAAGGCUGAUUUGCAGCGUGCCUCAAGCGUGCGUGUGAACCGUCCGUCAAGCGUAAAGUUGCUGAAGAUACAACCGCGGACAUCUACCGAUGACACGAGGAAGAGCCAAGAGAACCCGAAUGGUGCAUAG